AUGGUAAAGCCGCUCGUUUUCAAAGGCGACAAGAAGCCGAAGAAGAGAAAGCACAGAGACAAGGAUGCGGCCGAGGAAUCGCGCAAGAAGCAGGAGCUGAUUGCCGCCAACGACGAAUCGAUUGCCGAAGACGACACCUGGGUUUCAGCCGAAGUCCUGACCGACGUAGCUGGUCCUAUCUUGCUGGUGCUGCCAAGCGCAACUCCCACGGCCCUGGCCUCGGAUGCGAAUGGCACCGUCUUUUCCAUGCCGAUCGAGAACAUUGUGGAUGGCAACCCGUCCAGUGCCGAGCCCCAUGACGUCCGACAGGUCUGGGUUGCAAGCCGCAUUGUCGGAACGGAACACUUUCGCUUUAAGGGACAUCAUGGAAGAUACCUAGGAUGCGACAAGUACGGCCUCUUUUCGGCCACGGCCAUCGCUGUGUCCCCGGUAGAGUCGUUUGUGCUCGUCGAGACCGAGGACACGCCCGGCACGUUUCAAAUCAAGACCCUGCGCGACACCUACUUGUCUGUGCAACUGUCGACAUCGUCCAAGGCCGGCUCGGCGCCAGAAAUCCGCGGCGACGCGACCGAGAGCAACACCAAUACAACAGUGCGCAUCCGCAUGCAAGCUCGGUUCAAGCCCAAGAUCAAGGCGUCCAAGGAAGAGAAGGCCCGGGAGAAGAUUAGCAGGCGCGAGCUGGAAGAUGCCGUGGGGCGGCGGCUGGAAGACGACGAGGUGAAGCUGCUCAAAAAAGCCCGGAGAGAGGGUGACUAUCACGAGAAGCUGCUGGAUGUAAAAGUCAAGCACAAGCACGACAAGUAUGGCUGA